ACUGUCCAUGAUCACCCUGGGCCCUUGUAAAUUGCCCCUCCAACUGCAGAUCUCCUCUCCAUCUCCCGGCAGCUUAUAUGCAUCUAUCCCUGAUCUCUUUCGUCUUCCCCCAGUGCUUGCUAUCUCCCUAGCUAGAUCUCUCUCUAGCUCCCAUCUCUUCUCACAUGUCUACCAUCUACAUGAGCCAACUGUCUACUCUCCCUCUAAUGGAGGGAGAGCAGGAUCAAGGACUCUUUCCGGCCUUCCACAUCUCAAAGGACCCUCCUAUCUUGUUCCCCUUCAUGAUCAACAACCCCGUGGAUCAGCUCCAAGGGCAAAGCAGCUAUGGAGAUCAGCACUUGAGGCAGCAAGUUUUGGCUGAAUCUACUCAACAGUUCACAGAUCGCAUGAUGAUGAGCGGAUCAGACAUCUUCCCUAGGCCACCGCUGUUCCGGCCGACUAUUCAAAGCAUCGAUGGUGACAUGAUCCAGCGGUCCGCAUAUGAUCCAUACGAUAUCGAGAGCAAGCGUGCUGACGGCUGGGCAGUGGCACCACCAGCAGCGAAGAUGAAGAUCAUGAGGAAGGCGACGAGCGAGUAUCCCGAGGGUGGAACGGCAAGAAAGCCAAGGAGAAGAGCACAAGCGCACCAAGAUGAGAGCCAGCAGCAACUGCAGCAGCAGCAGGCUAUGGGUGUCGUUAGAGUGUGCUCCGACUGCAACACCACCAAGACCCCCUUGUGGAGGAGUGGUCCUUGUGGCCCCAAGUCUCUUUGCAACGCAUGCGGCAUAAGGCAAAGGAAGGCUCGGCGGGCGAUGGCGGCUGCCGCCGCGGCGGCGGCGGCUGCUGCCAGCAACGGAGGCACUCCACAAGCUGCAAGCGUCGCCGUACAGGCAAAGGCACCCAAGAAGGAGAAAAGGGCAGACGUCGACCGGUCGCUGCCGUUCAAGAAACGGUGCAAGAUGGUAGCCGUCGAUCACGCUGUCACGGCAGCCAAGGCGACGCCAGCAGUCGCUGCUUCGACCAAGGAUCAGGAUCACGUCUCCAGUGACAAGGUCGCUGCUGCGGCGACGAGUCUGCAGAGCAAGGCCGCCAGUCCUCCUCCGGCGGCGGCGUUGCACGUUUUCCCCGCCGCCGACGAGGUUACGGACGCCGCCAUGCUGCUCAUGACCCUGUCCUGUGGGCUCGUCCGCAGCUAGGUAGCUACCUAUAGCUUCUACUAGCAGCCGAGAGAUCAAUCACUAGUAGCCACUGAUGAGUGCGACCUGAUUUGCAACUAAGUACCCUGCCCCUAUUAUAUUUCUUGUGUUUUCUUCUUUGAUUUUGUGUUGAGGAAGAGGAAGAAGAUCACCAGGAGAGAUAGAGUGACGACAUGCCCAAGGCAAAAAUAAUAAGCGAAAACUCUCGCUAGCCAGUAAUGAGUACCAGGAUUUUCUAUAAGAGUUUUUUUUAAUUAUUUUACCUUUUCUCAGCUGUGGCUAAUUAAUUAUUCAAGCCACUAUAUGCUAUGUAACUUUGUUUCUUUGUAUUGUUUAUGUUUUGGAUCAUUGGAGCUAAUAAUAUGGAUAAUUGAUCGAGGAGACACUA